AUGUGUUAAUAUCAAAUUAACACUGGUAAUAUACAGGUUCCCAACCAGGUCUAAACACUUUUCCUGGAAUUGUUUUGUUUGUAAAAGAAAACACUAUUUAAAUAAAUAGUAUUAUAGCCCCAAAGGAUACAUUAUGAAAAAGUAUAAAAUUUAGGGGCGGGGGAUGGAAACUUUUAGUUCAGUUCAUUUUUUAUAUGUCCCAAGUCAUCAUUCUUCCCCAAUUUUAAAAUGGAUUCUUACUGUAGUUGUAAGUUUUGAUCAGUGUUAAGGUUAAAACUAAUUUGUCAAAUCAUUCACAAAUUAUUAUUGAUACAGACUUUUCAAUUUGCUCAAGAUCAUGAACUGUAAGUGGAACAAAGCAUUUCCAGUUGACAAAUGGAACCUCAAAUAUUUUUUUAAAGAUUUCAUUUAUUUUUAUUUGACACAGAGACAGAGAUAGUGAGAGAGAGAGCAUAAGCAGGGGGAGCGGCAGGCAGAGGGAGAGGGAGAAGCAGGCUCCCCGCUGAGCAGGGAGCCCGAUGCGGGGCUCGAUCCCAGGAUCCUGAGAUCAUGACCCUGAGCUGAAGGCAGACGCUUAACCGACUGAGCCACCCACACACCCUGGAACCUCAAGUAUUCUGAUGUGUCUUAACACUGUUGCAAUGAGGAAACUAUUGAUUAAGUAAACCAAGGAUUGGUCUUCCCAAAAUACACUGGAGUGUGCACGUUAAGUAAAAGGAUGAUUGCUGGAAGUAGUAUAGAUGGUGCUCAGGUAGCAAGAGAGCCGACAAUCAGUUGGAUGGAAGUAUUUUCUAGAGCUCACAUUAUAUAUAAUUGGAUGGGAUGAAAAGGGAAAAUAGAGGAUAGUCUCACUCAUAGAGGAAGUUACCCCAACAGCCUGUAUUAAGGUCCUAACUUCUGGCCAGAGGUUACAAAAGCCGGAAAGAGAAUCAUCACCAUGGAAACUGGUGGCAGGAAUCCUGAAUGCUCUCAUAGAAAGGAGGACGGGAAGAAGCAACAUUCUGUGCCUCGGGCUUUGAUCAGGAGCCGCGGCUCUCAAAGCAUCAGCAAGGACUGAAAUCCAAAUUCAAAUUACUGUAGAGAAAAUAAAUUUGACACCUAAGUGGGAACUUGGUGAUUUUAGAACAGUCCAAGGGGGUAAUGUGCCCCAGCCACCAGGACAGCUGGAUGAUGCAAACAGCUGUGAGUCUGGGAGAUGAUUGGAGUAAAUACGCAGGUGUGGUGCUUAGUAAGCGCUGCCCGGAAGUCCCAAAUCCCGGGGGUGGACACAGUGAGUGGUCGCUGAAAAGCAAAGUGGAUGAAUGCUCGAGACUUGUCAACACGUCCCAUAUCACUGUGAUAGGCGUUUUUGUUCUCAGUCUGAGUGUGAGGAUAUUGUGUUUCCCCAGGUAGAGUCAAGAACAGCAGAGUUAACAGGGAGAGGCUGGUUCACGGGGCUGAACAGCACAGUUCUGGGAAGAAACCGCAGAGCUUGGGCAGGGAAGUUUGGGGCAGCCAGCUGGAACACCUCACGCUUGAACCCUGCGUCCCCCUCUCUUGCAUCCUCUGCUUUCUGGGCUGGGUCUUUCUGGUGACCAUCUUCUGACUUUUAUGAUCUCACUGCCUUUAAUGAUCGCACUUCUGGUUCCCUGCCUUGGUUUUGUUAGAGCCACCUGCCCCAUGAGUAAGCUCCAAUCCUGGGCCCCCGUGUGGGCGGGAGCCUUGGAAGGCAGGUCUGUUCUGUGGCCUCCCCUGGGAGACGCCGGGGGCAGGUCCUGGGGUCACCUCCCCAGGCCACGCUGCUUGAGCUUGGUCUCAGAAUAAAUGGAACUGUUGAAUCACUCCACUGUACACCUGAAAGUAAAAUAACACUUUAUGUUAACUACACUGGAAUUACAAUUUCCUUUUCCACACAUCCUCACCAACACUUGUUAUUUCUUGUCUUUUUGAUUCUAGCCAUUCUGACAGGUGUGAGGUGAUAGCUCAUUGUAGUUUUGAUUUGCACUUCCCUGAUGGGCUGACCUUUUCUGGUCUGUCCCCUGAGGACCAUGACCUGUCCAUGGCUGACAUGUAUGAGGAGGAGCAGUUCUUCGAGAUCCUGGCCAAGGAGGCCUCCAAGGGGGACCAGAUGAUCUUCACCUGUAAGCCUUGCAAGUUUAUAAUCAAGACGCUGAGAAAAAUCCUGGGACACAAUAUCACGCAGGAAGCCAUCAAGCAGGUUCUGUCCAGGGUGUGCCGGAAGACACUUAUGCCCAAGACGUUAUGUAAUGAAAUAGUCACUAAAUAUCUUCGUGCCAUCACCCAGGGUCUCCUGAAUGACAAAUCCCCCCAUGAAAUCUGUGUGAAAAUCAAGUUGUGCAGACCAGAAAUAGGUCUCGGGGCCUCCGGGGCCUUACCCCACCCUGGGAAGAAGCACAGACUCUUCAGCAACCAUCGCCAGUUCCCGCCUUCCUAAAUCCAGCGCAGACCCUCCAGUUUCCCUCAGGGAACCCUUUGCAGCGCCUUCCCCUGGCGGAGAAUAAAAUGUCAUGCAAGCUUGUAGGCACAGCCUCUGUUCC